CGCACUGCUCUCUUUGUCAUCCACGCCGGUGGCCUCAUCUCGCCUCUCCCGCUCUCUUUGUCAUCCACGCCCGUAGCCGUUUUGGCUCAAACCAGUUUGGCCCAAGGAGUGGCUCGGAAUCGCAUUCUCUAACUCCCGCUCGUCCGCCUACUUGGCAAAGAGACCAUGAAGCUCAACAUUGCCAACCCAACGACGGGGCUGCAAAAACUGAUCGAAGUGGACGACGACAAGAAGUUGCUGCCGUUCUAUGACAAGCGUAUGUCGGUCGAGGUGUCGGGUGAUUCUCUUGGCGAUGAGUUCAAGGGCUACGUCUUCAAGAUCUCCGGCGGCAACGACAAGCAGGGUUUCCCGAUGAAGCAGGGUAUCCUCUGCAACCACCGCGUGCGCCUCCUGUUCAAGAAGGGCAUGUCCUGCUACCGCGAGCGCCGUGCCGGCUGCCGCAAGCGCAAGUCCGUCCGCGGUUGCGUGGUGGGCCCCGACCUGGCCGUUCUCGCGCUCACGUUGGUGAAGAAAGGCGCCGAGGAGAUCCCCGGGCUGACGGACGACCAGAAGCCGCGCAGGCUGGGCCCCAAGCGCGCCUCCAACAUCCGCAAGCUGUUCAACCUGGAGAAGAAG